AUGUCCGAAGAUACACCCGCACUCAAACCCGACGAGCCCACCACUCCGCUCCAGGAGCUUUGGGCUACGGCCAAAGGCAACACCCACCCCGAAAUCUGGGGUGUCACGCUGGCCGACCCAGCCACACACGUCCCAUCUCAGAUUGUGUUCCAAAAAUACCUGAACGCCAAUGAAGGAGACGUAGUCAAGGCCCGGGAUCAGCUCGUCAAGACACUCGAGUGGCGGGCCAAGAGGAAGCCACUGGAACUCAUCAAACAAAACUUCAACCGCACCAAAUUCCAGGGUCUGGGUUAUGUCACGCAGUAUGUCAGCGGUACUGAGGACGAGGUCGCGGGUGACCCCGAGUCCAAGGAGAUCUUCACGUGGAACAUCUAUGGCAACGUCAAGUCUAUCGACGACACCUUUGGAGACCUUGAAGAGUUUCUGAGUUGGCGAGCCGCCCUCAUGGAGAUGGCAGUGCUGGAGCUCUCGCUCUCCACCGCCACCAAGCCCAUCACGGUCGACUACGACCCGUACAAGAUCUUCCAGGUCCACGACUACAAAUCCAUCAGCUUCCUCCGACAGUCUCCGCGGGUCAAGUCUGCGAGUACCGAGACCAUCAAGGUAUUCGCUACAGCCUACCCGGAGCUCCUGAAGGAAAAGUUCUUCGUCAACGUCCCAGUCAUCAUGGGCUUCAUGUAUGGCUUUAUGAAGCUAUUUGUCGCUGCCAAGACGAUCAAGAAGUUUCAUCCCAUGGCAAACGGUGCAAACCUUGCAAAGGAGUUUGGUGAGAGCAAGGUCCCCAGCCUUAGUGAAAAGCUGCCGGUCGAGUAUGGUGGAAAGGGGGCGGAUUUGAAGACGCAGGGCAAGGAGCCUUCGGUGGAAUGA